CGGAGCAGCGGGUAGGACUGCUGGGCCGGCGGCUCCGCGGAAAGGCUGCGUGCUCCAGCCGAGGGAGGUGAAGAGCCGGGCCCGCCGCCUGCGGGAGGCGGCGCGCCGCACCUGGGCCUGAGGCGAGGCGAGGCGAGGCGAGGCGCCGGCGCGCGCCAGGCGGCGCGAGGCUGAGCCCCGGGAGCCCCUGCGCGCCGCCAGGGGCCAUGGGCGCGUGCGAGCCCGGCGCGCGCCGCUCCUGCUGCAGCUAGCGAGCUCGCACGCCCGGUGUACCGUGCUCUGGGCCGUUCCGACGUCCGCCUUGCGCCACCCGGACUGGUUAUUUCGCGGCGCCGAGGCCCCCGGGGCUGCAUCCGAGCCUCCGCCGCCCGCUGCCGCCGCCGCGGCUGCCGCUGCUCUCCAGCUUCCCAUCCCCCCACACCCAGGGCUCGGAGUAGGAGGAGGAGGGGCCGGUGCGUUCUCGCCGCCGCUCUUUGCAACCUGCGGGGGCCGGUGCAUGCCCGGCGAGGAGCCGGGGCUGCUGCAGGUGCGUGCAACCCCGGAGGAGACGACCCCCUCCCACCCCCAGGCGGACCGGGGGGCUGCGAGCCGCCGGCGGGCGGUCGAGCAAGAGGAAGCAACAAAGACAGGCUGCAGCUGGGGCCGGCGAGAGGGGCCGCGGCCUCUGGGCUCCUGGCGCGGGCGGAGAGGGCGCCCCGGGGAGCGGCGCGGGCCGAGCCGCAGCCCUGAGCGGGACCCCGAGAAGGCGCAGCGCCGCCCGCCGGACGCGGUGAGCACAGGCCCCGGCGAGGAUGCGCCGCCUGAGCGCCCGCACGGCCCAGGUCCCGGGCGGGCACGACCCACGCUGAGCGGAGAGACCCGCCACCCCCGACUUCGGACGGCGCGGGUCGGUGCCUGGAUCACCCUCACCGACAGCGUCCCUUUCCACCCGGAGAGAGACAUCGGCCCCCAAGGGGGGCUCCCUCAGGCAGCCUCUGCCACCUCUGCAUGGCGGCGACCCGGCGAGCGGAGAGUCGUCGCCGCUGAGACCUGGUGCCCUUCAACGGCCUGGCUGAUCUGGGACCUUGCUGCGCAGUGUGCCCCACCGCGGGCCCCCAGCUCAGCCAUGCUGGCCUGUCUGCAGAGGACCCAGAACCCACCGGGCCAACACCUGGCCUGCCCAAGCAAGAGCCUGGAGCUGCGCAAGUGCGAGACGGCGGCCAGCUCCAUGCAUUCGUCCCGUUACCCGAGCCCGGCCGAGCUGGACGCCUACGCCGAGAAGGUGGCCAACAGCCCACUGUCCAUCAAGAUCUUCCCCACCAACAUCCGGGUGCCCCAGCACAAGCACCUCGGCCGCACCGUCAACGGCUAUGACACGAGCGGCCAGCGCUACAGCCCCUACCCGCAGCACGCCGCCGGCUACCAGGGCCUGCUGGCCGUCGUCAAGGCUGCUGUGUCCUCCUCCGGCUCCGCCGCCCCCGCCGGGCCCGCCAAGAGCGUGCUCAAGAGCGCCGAGGGCAAGCGGACCAAGCUGUCGCCGGCCGCUGUGCAGGUGGGCAUCGCGCCCUACCCAGUGCCCAGCACUCUGGGGCCCCUGGCCUACCCCAAGCCCCCCGAGGCACCCGCCCCGCCACCCGGCCUGCCCGCGGCUGCCGCCACCGCCGCCGCCGUCAUACCCCUGCCUGGCCGCAGCCUGCCCCUGCCGCCUUCCAACCUGCCCUCCAUCCACAGCCUCCUCUACCAGCUCAACCAGCAGUGCCAGGCCCCGGGCGCCGCGCCCGCCGCCUGCCAGGCCGUAGCCGGUCCGCACCCCAGCCCGGCCAAGCACGGCCCCGUGCCCAGCUUCCCCGGCAUGGCCUACUCGGCCGCCGCUGGCCUGCCCGACUGCCGGAAAGGCACCGAGCUGGGCCAGGGGAGCACAGCGGCCUUGACGUUGGCGGGGGCCACCAAGCCUGCAGGGUAUGCGGACGGGGGCCUGGAUUACCUGCUGUGGCCGCAGAAGCCGCCCCCACCGCCCCCCCAGCCGCUGCGGGCCUACAGCGCCGGCACCGUGGCCAGCAAGUCCCCCGAGGCCUGCGGGGGACGGGUGUAUGAGCGGGCCAGCGGGUCGCCCCUCACCUGCGGCAUGGGGCUGCCCACCGGCUUCACCGUGGGCCAGUACUUCGCCGCCCCCUGGAACAGCGUGCUGGUGACCCCCACCAGCGAUUGCUACAACCCGGCGCCAUCCAUCCAGGCCAUGCUGCAGGACUGGCGCAGUCACAAUCCCCAUUCCACGGGGGGGGGAAACUGA